GCCUUCAUCCUCCAAGCUUAGCUUACUGCGGGUCGGGUUGACGCUUGUACCAGACGAUUCCAUCUCACUUCUCCCACUAAAGCAGUCUCCGGCCGCUGUUGAUCACUGCCAGACGCGCAGAGGCCUAACUGCAAAGAGAGCUAUCUCUCCACAAUGCCCCGCUGCGAUGGCCUCAGGGAACAUCAAGCGUGUGAGAACAGGGUGUUGGACCUGUAGAAGACGCGGGUAUCGCUGCGAUGAAGGCAAGCCAGUCUGCAAGGAAUGCACUCGUCUGGGCCUUGAAUGUGAAGGCUACAGCAUCCGCUUGACGUGGAUGAAGUCGACUUCUCGCAUCCAAACCCCCAAAGCACGUCGGCCCAAAAGUCCUGGCGGCAAUGGACCUACUAGGGCACGAGAAGUGCCACAGCCUGGUGUACAGUCCGAAGGGGCGCUGCAAUUGGCAAUCUCGAAGUUGCAAGCGGCACCACCAUCGGUACUGUCCCCCAAGGAUCAAUUCCUACUACAGCAUUAUUUCUACACGGUCUCAGGGCUGCUCUCAAGCACGCAUGACAGGUCGAUCAAUACCUACUGCAGAGUCGUCCUGCCCAUGGCCAUGUCAUCCGACCUGCUUCUAGAUACCCUUCUACUCGUAUCGACAUCUCAUCUGGCAUCCACGUAUGAAGAGUUUGCUCUGGAGUUACCACACUAUCGCAAUCGCGUCUUACCAAAGUUGAUCAAUCGCAUUAACACAUGGGAAGGGUUCGACCCAACUACAUUGGCCACCAUCAUAAUGAUGAGUAUCAAUGAGAUAUUUGAAGCCAACCCCAAGAACUGGUCUGGACACUUGAGAGCCGCCGGCAAGAUCAUUUCCGAUUACAUGGCUCAAUGCAAGGCGCCAGACCAUGACAUAAAGAUGCUCCUAGACAUAUUUGCCUACCACAACGUCCUUGCGAGCGUCGGUACCAACCAUACGUCGCUGGUGAUGGACUUUUAUAGCAAAGAUACGUGGUCAGCGCUCGCCGGUCACAGCAAUGCUUUCCUCGCCUCCGUUGAUCGACUUCUCUCUCUUGUCGCCAAAUUGUCGAUGCUAUCUUCGUCAUUGACGGACGAUGGAUGUAGCAGGUACAUCAAGGCCUCCCAGCUCCCUGCGGCAAGGAAUCUCAAAAUGGAACUGGAAAAUUGGGCACCUCCGCAAGCAAUUCCCAACGAUGCUUGCAAUACCGCCGAGGCAAUGCGAUAUGCAGGUCUCCUAUACUUUCACAAAUUGACCUCGAUGUCUCUCCGUGACCAUGACCGCGCAGAUAUCGAGCAUUAUUGCAGAGAAAUUGUCAGACAUAUCGGAUACGUCUCGAUCGAUAGUCCUGCCGCAGCAAGCCACCUGUGGCCGCUCUACAUGGCCGGCUACUUUCUCAAUCACCAUGGAUCAGUCGAUCACGAGACCCAGGCUUUUGUCAGGGGCCGCUUGACGGCUCUGAGGUCCAAACGCGGCGUCAAGACUGUGGAUACGGUUCGAGAGCGCCUUGAGCAGGUUUGGAUUUCGGAAGACACCGGAACACCUGCUCUGGACGCCCCGUUGAUUUUGUUAUAAUGAAGACAUGAUGGAAUGAACGUAAGAAUUGGGCUCGAGCGUUAUGUGACACGAGUAGACUAGGGCAGUACUGCCAGCAAAAGUGUGUUUCAAGGAGGGAUUGGCUCAAUUCGGACUCCGGUGACAGAAAGGGUGUACAUCUAUUAUAUAGCUUUGGAACAUCGUGUCUGGAAAUACAUGGGAAACAUACAAGCUGGUCAGCACAACACUGAAGCACGAC